GCAAGAUUUUUCACAUCUUCCCCUCAACGACUAAAGGCUAAAGAAAGUAGUCAUAUAAUGAAGAGCUUUCAUUUCCUUGUCUUAUUGUCUCUGGCAUUGGCUUUCUCUUUUGCCUCUGCCUUUGACCCUAGCCCUCUCCAGGACUUCUGUGUUGCCAUACCUGAACCUAAGAAUGCUGUGUUUGUCAAUGGGAAGUUCUGCAAGAACCCAAACCUUACUGUAGCUGAAGAUUUCUUUUUUCCGGGACUCAAUGUUCCUGGAAAUACAGGAAAUCGAGUUGGAUCCAAUGUCACCCUCGUGAAUGUUGAUAAACUAUUUGGACUUAAUACUCUUGGUAUUUCUCUCGCUCGGUUAGACUUUGCACCCAAUGAUGGCUUAAAUCCUCCUCACACCCAUCCUCGUGCCACAGAGAUCCUUGUAGUCGUGGAAGGCACCCUAUAUUUUAAUAUUGCAAAGACCAAUGCAGUUGCCUUUGCUGGUCUAAGCAGCCAAAACCCAGGUGUCAUCACGAUAGCAAAUGCAAUCUUCGGGCCUAAUCCACCCAUUAAUCCUGAUGUUCUCGCUAAGGCCUUCCAAUUGAACAACGAUGAAGUGGUAAAACUUCAGAAACUGUUUGCCAAUGCAUAA